AUGACCAACUAUUCACAUUCCCACUUCUCAUUCCCAACUCCACCAAUCCACCACCCCAACGACGUCGUAUCAACCACCACCACCAUCACCACCGCCGCCAUCACCGCCUCCGUCCCUUCUCCUCCUCCAGAACGACACCGUAUCACCACCGUCAACACCACCAACCCCAAAAGGAAACGAUCCAAAACGGCCCGAACCGAAGGCGCCCCAAAACAUGGCCGGAGAGGCCCUGACCCCGGAGCGCCCAAGAUCACCAUGCCCUGCAGUGAGUGCGGCAAGAAGUUCUGGUCUUGGAAGGCUCUCUUCGGCCACAUGCGCUGCCACCCCGAGCGGCAGUGGCGAGGGAUCAAUCCGCCGCCGAAUCUCCGAAGAUCAUCGCCUCAUCCUCUCUGGUCUCCCAAUCGUUACGUCGAAUCGAUUUCGGUUGAGGAAUACGACGUCGCUUCUUGCUUGCUUCUGCUAGCCAGUGGCUCGCCGACAUCGAGUUUCCAUGAUCGUUUCGAGUGUUCGAGUUGCAAGAAGGUGUUUGGAUCGCACCAAGCGCUGGGAGGGCACAGAGCGAGCCACAAGAACGUCAAGGGAUGCUUCGCCAUUGCAGCCAAGAUCGAUGGCGACGAUGAAGGUAUCGACCACGACGAUCAUCGGGAUCAAAACGACGUCGCCUCGGAGAAGAAGAUGGAACUGGGAUCGAGUAGUUCGGGCGGCGGAGGAGGACACAGGUGUGGGAUUUGUUUGAAAGUGUUUGCGAGUGGACAAGCGUUGGGUGGUCACAAGAGGUGUCACUGGGAGAAGUUUGGGGAGGAGGAUUAUUAUUGUUCGCCAUUGUUGUCGCCGUCGUCGAAUAAUGGAGGUUUGAGCUCCUCCAUGAAUAACAUCAAUGGCGGUGGUCUUGACUUGAACUUGCCUCCUCCUCCUGCUGAUGCUGCUGCUUCAACCAUGGAAGAAUUGGAUUAUUCUUCUUCUACAACUGUAACCUUGGACUUGAGAUUGGGUCUCUAG